CCCCAGUUUGCUUCCUCUUUCCGCAUCCUUCUUACCACACGCGAACAGCAAGACCAGAAAGUUCCACUUCAAACAUCCAGUCUUCCGCAUCAAUCGAAAAAAAUGUCUGCCAAACUCGACCAGUCUCUCGACGAGAUCCUCUCUAGCCAGCGGCGCAACCAGAAUGGCCGUCGCCGCUCCACGCGUCGCGCAGCUGGCGCCAACCGCCCCGCGCCCGCUGCCCCGGCCGGUGGCAUCAAAAAGAGCUCAAAGGGUGCACGCAACACUGCCAAGCCCACACCUGCAAAGGGCGCUGGUCUGACCGGUGAAAGCAAAAUCAUGGUCAGCAACUUGCCAAAGGAUGUUUCCGAGGCCCAGAUUAAGGACUACUUCCAGCAGAGUGUCGGCCAAGUCAAGAAGGUCGAACUUUCAUACGGCCCCGGCGGCGUGAGCCGCGGCAUCGCUCACGUCACCUUCCACCAUGCGGACGGUGCCAGCAAAGCGUUCAGCACCCUGAACGGUUUACUGAUCGACAACAAACCAGUUAAGGUUGAAGUAGUGGUCGCAUCUGCCGACCUCAUCCCGCAGCCGAAGCCGCUCUCUCAGCGUAUCGUGCAGCCCAAGGCACAACCCAAGUCUGCUGCUGCGGUGAAGCAAAACGGAGGCGGCACCAAGGGCGGCGCUGCCAGUUCCAGGGGCGGCAAGAAGACGGGUCGACGUGGCCGCAGCAACCGGCCGGUGAAGAAGACGGCGGAGGAGCUAGAUUCGGAGAUGAUGGAUUAUUUUGAGAGCGGUAAUCCCGAGAACAACGUCAACGGUGCCGCUGCAGCCGCUGCAGCGGGCGGCGACGCGACGAUGGAGGAUGAUGUUCUUUGAGGUCAUCACAACACGAAUGACAGGAGUGGAGAUAUGGGAGUGAGUUUCAUGUACGAAAUGAGUUUCGGGCGGUUCGGCAUUUGGGGUGGUAGGUUGGGCACGGCUUUUGCUUUGGGACUUCAGUGGGGCAUUUCUUAGACACAGGUGGGCGUCUUUACCGUUGUCAUGUCGAGGGGUAAACUGUAUACUUGGGCGGUUUUAUCGGGCUUUCCAUUAGCAUAAUAGGAGUCAUUCAGAGACUGAAUCAUUGCGCGUGUUCCGACCGUGAAGCUUGGAAAGGGCGACAGACUAACGAUGCUUUCGAAGUGACCAGGCACUAGGUGUCGGCUGCCAUGAGUAUUCAUUCCCGUUUGCAAGUUCGCAGAGAUGAACUUGACUGCG